GAGGUGUGGCAUCUAAGAUUAAUUUACACGUGACAAGUUGAGAAGUCUGAGGUGAAUUACACUGAAUUUAAAGAAUGAAUAUAAGACAAGCUACUCCAGAUGACUUACUUAACAUGCAGCAUUGCAAUCUUCUAUGUUUACCCGAAAACUAUCAAAUGAAGUAUUACUUUUAUCACGGUCUCUCGUGGCCCCAACUCUCAUACAUUGCCGAAGAUGACGAAAAACGCAUCGUGGGAUACGUACUUGCUAAGAUGGAGGAAGAUCCAGAUGAUAUCCCACACGGUCACAUCACAUCGCUAGCCGUUAGGAGGACGUACAGACGUCUUGGACUGGCACAGAAACUAAUGGAUCAGGCUAGUCGAGCCAUGGUAGAAUGCUUUGGAGCUAGAUAUGUGUCACUACAUGUCAGAGUUAGUAAUAGAGCAGCUCUUCACUUGUACGAAAACACGCUCCACUUUAGCAAGGAAGAUGUGGAAGCUAAGUAUUAUGCUGAUGGUGAAGAUGCUUUUGCAAUGAAGAGAGAUCUGUCCAAUGUUGCUGAAAUGAUUGCCAGAGAAAAGAGAGACGAGCCUUCAAGACAUCAGAAAUCUCUUCCAGGGAGCAGGAGGAAUAAAACAAGUUGAACAAAACGAGAAUUAUUAUCAUUUAAAAUUAUUACCAAUGCAAUAACAAUACUGGUAAAUAAUAGUGUAUACAUUAUACCAAGUGUAUUAAUACACAA